AUGCUAGGCAAUAAUGAGUUCCGCCAACGACGUUUGGAGAAUAUCAAGAGGAACAAUGACCUUUUAAAAAAAUUAAACCUAAAUGGAAUGUCAUCCCAGCUUAAGAGGGAAGCUGGCGUCGGCGAGAAACCAAAGUUGAAAGCUGUUCCACCUCCGAAGAAAAAGGUGUCAAAAGGUACAUUAAAAUCUGAGGCUAAAACUGCGGUAAUUCCUACACGUAGAUCUAGACGAUUGAGGGGAGAAUCAGCAGAGGCGGAUGGGAUCCCGAAUGUGAAUGACAGCGAGUUGAUGAAAGUGGUAGGGAAUUCAGACGCCGGUCGGGAACUUGAUGGGCUGCAGGAACUGAAAAAUACCCAACUUGUUGGCGAUAUUAAACUGGGUGAUUUAUUGAAAGAUGAGGAUAAGUCUGAGCUGCUAGCUAAAUUUAAGGUUUACUCUGAUGGGAGUUUCUCCAGUGGUGAUUUUUUUGAAGAAUUGAAGAAGCAUCAACGGCCGACUACAGAAAUAAAACAGCUACAAACGGAAUUUCAACUAUCUCAAUAUGAAAUAUAUGAUCCAAAGGAGCUUGCGAUUGGUUAUGAACGAAUCACUGCGAUGUAUUUUCAUCCAUCUCAAGAAAAAAAGCUUAUUGUCGGUGGAGAUACAGGAGGUACAGUUGGGUUAUGGAAUGUUGCAGAUGAGAUGCCUGAUCUAAAUGACGAACUUGCAGAACCUGAAAUAACACGAUUUAAAAUGUUUUCGAGAAAUGUGGCGAAGAUUGAUACGUUUCCAGCAGACAGUAGUAAGUUACUAACCGCUUCGUAUGACGGGUCUCUGCGUUCUAUCCACUUAGAUAACUUGAACAGUGAAGAGUUAGCCGUAUUAAAGAACGAUUAUGGGGAGCCAUUAGGCAUUAGUGAUUGUCAAUUCAGCUAUUCUGAUCCAAAUUUGUUACUAAUUACCACAUUGGGGGGUGAAUUUACGCAGUUCGAUCUCAGAGCGAAGCCCAAUGCAAUUAAUUUCCUCAGGUUAUCAGACAAAAAAAUCGGAUCCAUGGCAAUCAAUCCAAAAAGGGUUUAUGAAAUUGCCACUGGUUCCUUAGACCGAACUUUGAAGAUCUGGGAUAUGCGAAAGAUUGUGGUCAAUCCUGAUUGGUCACAAUACGAAGAAUUUUCAAGCCACGAAGUAGUUUCUACUUAUGAAUCAAGACUGUCAAUUUCCGCGAUAUCAUUUUCUCCAAUUGACGGCACAUUGGUCUGCAAUGGAUACGAUAAUACAAUUAGACUCUUUGACGUUAACGAUAAUAUACGGGGACACAUAAGUCCGAAACUAACUAUUCAGCAUAACUGUAAAACAGGUAGAUGGGUUAGCAUUUUAAAGGCGAAAUUCAAGCCUAACAUGGAUGUUUUUGCAAUAGCGAACAUGAAAAGAGCCAUUGAUAUCUACAGUAGCUCUGGGGAACAGCUGGCACACCUACCUACAUCUACUGUACCUGCUGUUCUAAGUUGGCACCCAUUGCAAAAUUGGAUAGUAGGUGGUAACUCAAGUGGUAAAGUCUUUCUUUUUACCAAUGAACAACGGGAUUAA